UUAGUAAGAAGGGAGAUCACUCCCGAAUAUUAUCGAAGUUGUUUUUAAUUAGAGAGAACUUGCUGCAUUCUACGCAAUUAAGUUUGAUUUAAUUGGUGCUAAAAAGACAAAGAAAUGGAAAUAACUUUCAGCGGUCAGAAAGCUUUGGUAACUGGGGCCGGACGAGGAAUCGGCCGAGAAACAGCAAAAAUGCUAUCAAAGUGUGGUGCAACAACUUACGCUCUGAGUCGCACUGAGGAACACUUGAAGACAUUAGUUGAAGAGUGCCCAACGAUUGUCCCUGUUGUCUGUGACUUGAGUAACUGGGAUCGGACCCGUGAGAUUGUCAGCUCACUUGGCCCCAUUGAUCUGUUGGUUAAUAAUGCUGCUGUCGGUUCCCUGAGUCCCUUUGUCGAUGCCGCAAAAGAAGAUCUUGAUAAAGCGUUUGCUGUUAAUUUCUAUGCUGUUGUUAAUGUUUCACAAAUUGUUGCAAAAAGAAUGAUAGCAGACAAAAAACGUGGCUCCAUUGUCAACAUAUCCAGUCAAGCUUCUCUGGUAGCGUUAAAGGAUCAUGGAGUAUAUUCCAGCACUAAAGGCGCAUUGGAUGCUUUAACCAAAUCUAUGGCCCUUGAGCUGGGUCCUCACGGUAUCCGAGUCAACAGUGUAAACCCAACAGUUGUGCUUACAGAAAUGGGGCUCAAAAGUUGGAGUGACCCCGUCAAAGCUGGUGGUAUGUUAAACAGGAUUCCAUUGAAGAAAUUUGCAGAAGUGGAAGAUGUUGUGAAUUCCAUAAUAUUUCUCCUGAGCGACAAAGCUAACUCCACAACUGGGUCACUACAUUUGGUUGAUGGUGGAGCUCUCUGCUGCUGAUAACCAAAAUGAGGGAGCCUCUAUAUGGUUGCUCAGCCUUAAAAUCCUGCAUAGUUGUCCUGAAAAUUAAAAAAAAAAGAUGCACCAUUGGAUAACGCAGUCCUUAAAUAUAUUACCGUACCUUGUCUGAAUAAAAGACAGGAUGCUACCACAGCCACUGACCCUGGCUAAACAACCAAAGAGCACAAGAAAUAAUGUGAGAGUCGAAACCACUCCUUCCUUAUAAAAAAAAAAAAAGCUGAGAUAUAUAAAACAAUAUAUUUGAUAGGUGAAAAUA